GCCAUCUGUUCAAGGACGGCCUCCAGGAGAGCGACCCGUGGGCGAACAUGGCGGCCAAGAAGCAGCACUCCGGCCACGGCCCCGACUCCCCGUACACCCCUCUCCUGGACGACGCGCAGGCCCACCUCGAGGGGUACGUGCCGAUGGCGGGGGACCCCGGGGACGCUGUUCGCCAACCAGAUUUCGGAAAAGCUAUGGCGGCCGAGGCCGAGCCAGUGACAAUGGCUGGCAUUGCGGCACUCCUCCAGCAGCAGCUCGCCCCGGUCACCAACGUUGUGGAGGACCUCAAAAAGAAGCUCGGGACCUUACACGGCAAGGCCGGGAACCUUGCGGAGACCCUCGGCGGCCGGUUGGGGGACGUGGAGGCGAGCAUCAACUCCACGGAGAUGCGCGUCGAGAAGCUAGAGACCAUGUACGAGACGAUGGCGCAGAAGAUUCUGGGAGGGGACGCGUUCGAGAUGAAGAUCCAGGAGUACAUCAAGGAAACCCCCUCGGCGAGCCCCACCCCGAAAACCACAGCCUCUUCGCUCACGCAGAUGUCCAAGAG